AUGGAUCCUCAAUCUAGUGCCCAGGAUGUGCACCGAUGUGACUUGUGUGAGACCGCCAUAGUACACAGCUACUGUGACUUUUGUCAUGUCAACCUCUGCAAGCCUUGUAUAGGAGAACACAUCUCAGAUGGAUAUGACAAACAUAAAAUUGUCCCUUUUCAGGAACGAAAAUCAACCCUCAUUUAUCCAAAAUGUGGAACACAUCAACACAAAAAUUGUAAAUUUCAGUGCAAAUCUUGCAACAAUAUUUUUGUUUGUUCUUCUUGUACUGCAUCUGAAAAACACAGGGGACAUAUUUUUGUAGAUAUAUCAACUGUUUACAAGGCACAGAAAGAAAAUAUUGAAAAGGAUACAGACCAGCUUAUAAACCUUAUUUCUCCUACAUAUGAAGAAAUUGCACGCGAUUUGGAAAAUCAGCUUGCCAACCUGUAUGGAGGAUAUGAGAAACUUACCGCAACAUUGUCCAAACAAGGAGAGCAAUGGCACAGAGAAAUCGACAUCAUCAUCAACAAAAUGAAAACUGAAAUAAGCGAGAUAAAAGUAAAUCAUAGAAACAUUUUAAAGAAACAUUUGAAAGCAAUAAAGCAGAUACAGUCUCUUAUACAGCAAACACUAUUAGCCAUGGAAGAAAUUAAGAAAUCUACUGAAGUAUCUUCAACCAUUGAAUUCAGCUCUAAGAUUAGAGAGUUCAGCAAACUUCCACCCAUGGUUCAGGUAUCACUGCCAACAUUCAUAUCCAAACCAAUAGACCAUGAGAAGCUGUAUAGUUUGUUUGGACAGAUCACCCCAUUAUCUACUGCUUCAGAAGAAAAUGUCUUGUCACUGAAGCAACCCAACACUUCAGUCAAAGAACUACUGGAUGAACCUAAGCUUGUUGCCACAAUACAGACUGGGUAUGAAAGACUACACAAUGUGGCCUGUCUAAAUGAUGGUAGCAUAUGGACGAGUGGAAAGGCCAAUGAUAUCAAAUGCUUUAGCAUUCAAGGUUCACUCCUCCAAACUAUUAAGACAAAAUCAGGAAACCCCCCGACUGAUAUAGCUGUAAACAGUGAGGGGUAUCUACUGUUCUCUGAGUGGUCAACAAGAACAGUGAAUAAAGUAAAGAAUGGACAGACAGAAGAGUUGAUCAGAUUACAGGGGUGGACACCUAAUAAGCUGUGUGUCACAUCUAAUGGUGAUCUCCUGGUUACCAUGUACAGUGAUGAUAAAACUCAAUCCAAAGUUGUGCGUUACUCGGGAUCCACAGAGAAACAAACGAUUCAAUUAGAUGAUGAAGGUAAACCUCUGUACUCAGGGAAUUAUAGUACUAAAUACAUCACAGAGAACAGAAACCAUGAUGUAUGUGUAGCUGACUGGAAGGCUGGUGCAGUAGUGAUGGUUAAUCAGGACGAGAAACUCGGAGGGAGAUACACUGGUCAUUCCUCAGUUACCGAGAACAAACCAUUUAAACCCCGUGGUAUCACAGCAGACAGUCAGAGUCGUAUCCUGACAGCAGACAAAAACAACCAUUGUAUCCACAUUCUGGAUCAGAAUGGACAGUUUCUCCGUUACAUUGAUAACUGUGGUCUGAAGGAUCCUUGUGGUUUAUGUGUGGACAAUAAUGACAAUCUGUAUGUGUGUGAGUUAAACAAAGAACAUGGAAGACAAACAUUUGUAGAAGUUGCAGAAGUUUUCAAGACAAAGAAAGAUGAUAUUAUAAAAGACACAAAAGACUUGGAGGAUCAUAUUUCCGCUAAGUAUGAAGAAAUUGCACUCGAGUUGGAAAAUCAGCUUGCCAGCCUGGAUGGAGGAUAUGAGAAACUUACAACAACAAUGUUCAAACAAGGAGAGCAAUGGCACAGAGAAAUCGACAUCGUUAUCAACAAAAUAAAAACUGAAAUUAGCGAGAUGAAAGCGAAACACAGAGACAUUUUAAAGAAUGAAAUCAAACAAAUACAGUCUCUCAUUCAAGAAACAUUACAGACCAUAAGGAAAAUCGAGAAAUCUAAUGAAGUAUCUCCAUCCAUUGAAUACAGCUCUAAGAUCAGAGAGCUUAGCAAGCUUCCACCCAAGGUUAAGGUUUCAAUGCCAAUAUUCAUUCCAAAACCAAUAGACCAUGAGAAGCUGAAUAGUUUGUUUGGACAGAUCACACCAUUAUCUACGGCCACAGAAGAAAAUGUUUUGUCACUAGAGCAACCCAUCACUUCAGUCAGGGAACUGCUGGAUGAACCGGAGCUUGUUACUACAAUGCAGACUGGGUAUGAAGAACUAUGUAGUGUUACCUGUCUAAAUGUAGACAGAAUUUGGACCAGUGGAGAGACCAAUAUCAAAUGCUUCAACAGUGAAGGUUUACUCCUUCAGACAAUCCAAAACAAAUCAAGAAAAUUUCCAAGUAAUAUAGCUGUAGACAGUGAUGGGGAUCUACUGUACAUUAGCGUUAUAACAAGGACAGUGUAUAAUGUAAAGAAUGGACAAACAGAAGAGUUGAUCAGAAUACAGGAAUGGACGCCUGUCAAUAUGUGUAUAACCUCUACAGGUGAUCUCCUGGUUACCAUGUACAGUGAUGAUUUAACUCAAUCCAAAGUUGUCCGUUACUCGAGAUCUACAGAAAAACAAACAAUUCAAUUUGAUGAUGAAGGUACACCUCUGUACUCAAGGAAUGUUGCCAUUAAAUAUAUCACAGAGAACAAAAACCAUGACAUCUGUGUAGCUGACUGGGCGGCUGGUGCAGUAGUGGUGGUUAAUCAGAACGGGAAACUCAGAUGGAGAUACACCGGUCAUCCCUCAGUAGCCAAGAACAAACCAUUUGAACCCUAUGGUAUCACAACAGACAGUCAGAGUCGUAUCCUGACAGCAGACAGCAACAACCAUUGUAUCCUCAUUCUGGAUCAGAAUGGACAUUUUCUCCGUUACAUUGAUAACUGUGAUCUGGAGCAUCCCUGGGGUUUAUGUGUGGACAACAAUGACAAUCUGUUUGUGUCUGAGUACUGCAAAGGCAAUUUGAAGAAAAUUAAAUAUGUGAAAUAGAGACUAUAAUUUAUGACUUUGAUGUCAGUUAAGCAAGAUUCACAACCCAUUUUUCCACUGAACUCAGUAUGAUUAUAUGAACUUUGUUUUCAUUUUACAAUGCGCCAAUAUAUAGGAAACGUUUGUAAUCUGCAGAGUGUGAUUUAAUAAAGCUUGCUGUUUACUUAACCUAGUGAAUAAGACUGUUUUGAAUUUAAUAGAGAUGUGUUUUCUCUCAGAAGUGCAAUUGUAACCUUCUCUACGACUGGUCGAAAUACCGGUAUAUCCUUUCUAACGCAUGUUUAACAUGUUUAUCAACUAUUAAAUGCAGUUUUGUAUGAACUAUUUACGUAUAUUUACAUUUUCCAGUGUCUUUGCCUGUGAUAACACUACGUAUCGCUUUUGUACUAUAUAACCCAUAAUACAAAUGACGCCAAAUUGAGGCGCCAGCGGAGU